CACCACAGAGAAGGCAUUCCAUUGAUUCCAUUUGGUGUGUGAGAUCAUUAUAAACCAACCAAGAUAGCCAGACUUUAAAAGGACUACAGGAGUUUGGCUGUCAGUAGUUCAAAUCAGUGGAACAUGUUUUGAACAUAAGGAAAUCAUCACUGCCUCCAGUUCCAAUAAUGCAAAAGAAAUACUACAAGGGGAGUUCCUGCAAACAAGAAUCUGUAGCACUUACUGCUGUGGCAUUACAAGAUCACAGUUUACAUAAUCUUCAGCUCAAGAAUCUUUCAUUAGCUGAUCCCUUUAAAUCAAAGACACAGAAUAAAAAGAACACAUACAAACCUGCGAACAAAGAGGAAGUCAGAGCAGUAAUAGAUACUGGGCUGAGAAAAACCAGUAGUCACCAACAAAAUAACGAAGACCCAGAACAGGAAUAUGUCCUUGAUGCUUGUCCAGAGCCUCUUACAUUAGCUCAGAAACUUGGCUUGGUGGAGUCUCCUGCAUUGCCGCUAACACCAGAGGAAUGGGAGCAUGUGAAGCAACGGUCCAUAAAUCAGGGAGAUUCUCUCCAACCCUGUGCCAUAUGUAGAGAAGAAUUUGCACUUCAGCCACAGGUGCUGCUCUCAUGUUCCCAUGUGUUUCACAGAGCAUGCCUGAAAGCUUUUGAAAGAUUUGCAGGUAAAAAGACCUGUCCAAUGUGUAGAAAGAUCCAGUAUCAAACUCGAGUAAUUCAUGAUGGAGCACGCCUAUUUAGAAUGAAGUGUGCUACAAGAAUUCAAGCUUCCUGGAGAGGGUACAUUGUUAGAAAAUGGUAUAAGAAUCUGAGAAAAACCGUGCCUCCAAAAGAUCCCAAAUUACGAAAAAAAUUCUUUGAAGAAAAGUUUACAGAGAUUUGCCAACGCAUACUGAAACCGUACAAGAACAACAUAGACAUACUCUUCUCUGAGAUUGAUUCUACAAUAGCUGCAAGUCAAGCUAUAUUUCAACAACUGGAUAAAAAGCUGGGCCCAUUCAUAAGUGAAGAUGAGUGGGAAAAAAUACAGAUGAAGGCACUCCGGCAAGAAAUAGUCGACUGCCCAAUUUGCAUUAUGCCCCUCAGCCACCCCACUGGUCUUCAGGAUGGACUUCCCCAGGACAGCCACCAAUCUUGUUUGCGCAAAACAGUUCUGCUGUCCUGUUCACACAUGUUCCACCAUACCUGCCUUCAAGCAUUCGAAGAGUUUUCCUUAGGAGAAACGCCCAUUUGCCCUUUGUGCCGCUCUUGCUAUAAAAAGAAAACUCUUAAUAUGUUAGCAUAAAUUAUAGAUACAAGUUAAUACAUCAGCAAAAAUAAGUGUAAGUGUUUCUCAAUUAAUAUAUUUGGGAGAAGUGUGUGAUCAUGUUUCAAACCAGAUGGCUCCAUGCUGAAUGUUCCUAUGAGUCUGGGAGCUGCAAAACAACGAGAUCGGCUCUUGCAACUCUGCACCCGCACGUGGGUUAGAUACUAGAUUUUAAGACCACUGGCCCUUGGCCCCAGCCUCUUCUCUGGGCAGUGGCAGUUCAAAAACCUCUUUAAGCUGUUCCAGAGGAGACAAGGAACUGCAAAAGGUAUUGCCAGUCCUAAAAGAGCUGCAGUAGCACAGUGGUUAAGUGGCUGGUGCGGAUAAUAAUAACUGACUUUGUUCGCUGCUCUGAGUGUGGCACUAAUAUGUCCAAAAGGGCAUAUAAGCACACUGUUAUUCUUAUAAAAGGAAAAGGCAAAAAUGUACAGCUGAUUUGUGAUUUUUUAAUAUGUAACAUUUGAGAGAUGAGCCCUUAUGUCCCAUAGAAAGGUUAGUUUUCAGCCUUCAGUAAGCUUUCACUCAGACUGAAACAUAAUCCAAACUGCAUUACUGAAGAGGGCUUUUUAAAAAAGAGCAAUAGUAGGCACUCCAGCAAGGAGAUCUCGGAGAUUUUCACUGGGUGGUACGCAGAGUUC